AUGGAUACAGACAAGAAGAUCCGGUCCGGUCCUGGUUCACCAGCUGAACGCCGUUCGACAUUCUCACUUGGAUUUGCAUUCAAGACUCCAUCAAGGAGGCUCAGUAUCGUAGAUCCGCCCGAUCUUUCACCGACUUGUGCUGAAAGAGGCCAUUAUCCUGUGUUCAAUCCACUAGACCCACGACACAAUCCAUCGGCAUCAGUAUCAUGGCGCCGUCAGGAGAGUCAAACCUCAUCUUCUGACUCUCAAAAACAAUCUCACUGGGUCCAGGACUUCCCCCGCCGGUCUCUCCACAAGGCUCGAUCUGGCUUGCUGGCUCUCAGGGCAGGCUUUCUUCGACGUCACCGUACAAGUAUGACCGUGGAGAUAACACCGGUCCGCAACACAGAAGCAUCGAGUGCCAGUACACAGGAAGACUUGAAUUUUGGGGUCGCUCUUUAUCGAACCAAUGUGCCAUGGUCCCCAGCCGAGGAUGAACCCAGCAUCGAUGUCCUGAUGAGAGCCGCCGCAUUCCAUCCGCUGGCUAACAUUGCAUCGGCACCAGAGGUGAGAGACAUUCCGAUUUGGGGAUUCCACGACCCGGACGCCGUAUUUUCUAAUGAUGUGACCAUGGCUUUUCACCCAACUGCAAGCAAAGCAAGUUACGACGGUAUGCUUGAUUCCCAGAAGCCCCAUAAAGAAGAAGCCAGCAAGGAUGGAGAGGAAGCUGUUCACACGAAACGAGAACCGAAGUCGGUUCGUGAAGCUCAUCCGGUUGCGUCAGCAGAUUGGGAAACAAUAGAAUCGUCCUCGACGAGUUCCACUGGUGGAGAGGAUGAGAUGAGAGACUUCGAACAUGCUCAAACUGCACAUUUACAGGAGCAAAUAAGGCCUCUGCAAUCCACUCAAAGAGUACUCAUUAAGGGGAAUCCUUCCAUGUCACAUGAAGAGAUCGAGUCUGAUGACGAACAUCACGGUUCUCCGUCAUUGAGUCGACAAGUUUUGGAGAACAGACGGGGCUCAUUUAUGCGACGUUCCUCCGGUGUGUUGAGUACGCUCAGCUCAAACACUUCUCACAGGCGGAGAAUGAGUUGGAUGCAAUCCGAAGCAUUCGCGACUCAAGAGCGGCUGCUGUUGUUUGACCAAGGGCCACCAAGCCCUGCAGCUGGUACAUGCUCUACUAGUAGUCUAGGUAAAAGCUCUGCUGAUGUCCCAAUUGCCUUCCCUGUGAACUUCCUUUUUGAUUCACCCCACCGGAGAUACGAAGAAUCCAUGUUAUUUGACCCCCUGCACAGCAACCCCCAACUGAUGGAGAGCUUUCUUCCAGAGUCGGAUCCAGGAAACGAUAUGGCUCCCGAAGGCGAGGAACCGAACCCAACAGAUGCUCUUUCUGGGCCAUUCAUGACUGGAAAUGAUGCGCUUGCCUUCGAUACCAACAUUAACAUGCAGCCAGAACUAGUAACCAGCACUCAACCUGAAGAACGUCGUCAUUCAUUUGGCUUGCACAUCUCUACUAUCAAUGAGUCUAGACUCGAGACAAGCCUUGAGGAACAGAUACUCCCUCUCGAGAAUCAAAUGUAUCAACAACAAUACGGCGAGACCAACUGCUCUUCUGCCCGGGUCUGGGGCUAUGAUGCCGCAGACAGCAUGUUUCAAAGCUCUACCCAGUCAUCCAUUUACACACGGGGAAGCACCAUGUCCCCGGACCUCACGUCCAUUACGUCCUUUUCCAACAUGUGCUCACCACUGAGCUCACCAAUCGACGAGGAAGUUCUUUUCUCGAAUCCCUUCAGAAAUGAGUUUUGGAAUGCUGAUGGCAAGACAAGCUCCUUGUACCCUGACCGAGGUGACCAGCCGGUGAAAGCAGGGCUGCUAGUUGCCUGGGACGGAGGAGUCCACAGUGGCCGUGGCUUUGAUCGAAUCCCAUCCAGCAGAGAGCAUCAAAGCCAUGGUAUCAGAAUGCCAACCACAGCUCCCCAUUCGUCUCAGGGCACUGUGCGUGCGGUGGUGAUGAGAGAGGAAAGCGAAUCUACUGAUGAGUUCUACCCUGGAGCUCACGUUCCGGAAACAUAUCGUCGUUGA